AUCUCUCUCAUCUGGGUUCCGUCGAGCAGCACGGGGCCAACCCCAGGGCUCCGUGCAGCGCUAUAAAAGAGACAGGCAGAGAGCAGGGGGGAACACACGCUCACAACAGCUGCUGCUCCUCAUCCCGGACAUAGGCACUUGCUGGGGUAAGACUCAGGAGAUCUGCUGCCACGCUAUAAUUAGCAUUCUGAGGGCCUGGUGCGUGAGGGUCAUUGCCACAGAUCAGAGGUCAAAGGUCAGAGGUGACAGCGGAAAGCAAGGAUGAACACCCUGUCACUGAGGGCUUUACUCAUCCUGGGAGUAAUGUCCUGCACCUGGGCACAAGGGACACGGAGAGGGGGGCGGCAGAGAGGUUUGAGAAACACAAGGCAAAACAAUCCCACUCUUUAUCAUUCUGAAGAUGAGUACGAGUGGAGCACCUGGUUCAACGUGGACCACCCCGGGGGCCGGGGGGACUACGAGCAGCUGGACGCCAUCCGCUUCUACUACCGCGACCGCGUGUGCGAGUCGCCGAAGGCGCUGGAGGCCCGCACCACCGACUGGAAGCCGGCCCACAGCACCGGGGAGCGGGUGCACACCGACCCCGCCAUCGGGUUCUGGUGCUCCAACGCCGAGCAGCCCGCCGGACGCAAUUGCUCCAACUACGCCGUGCGGUUCCUGUGUCCCACAGGAGCUUCUGGGUCUGUGGUACGGGGUGCGUGGGGCCCUUGGUCAGACUGGACCCAGUGCCCUGCCAAGUGUGGCCAGGAAGCCGUGCAGGUGCGCUCCAGGAGAUGCAAUGCACACUCCCACCAGUGGGAGCAGCAGUGCAUUGGCCCCACUGUGGAAGGCAGAAUGUGCAAAGGACCAGCGUGCCAUGUGUGCUCCAUGCGCUGUGAAACAGGCAGGGUGAACGCGGACUGCGACGCCUGCAUGUGUGAGGACCACCUCCUGCUGGGCUCCGUUCGCAGCGCGGGGGGUCUUCCCGCCCCCGGGGCUUCUCUCUUCCGCCCUGGCGUCGCCCCCAAGCUCCUCACCGUCGCCGACCAUAACGGCCACUUCCGGAUCCCGGGCAUCUGCCCCGACGGGAACAGCAGCCUGCUCGUCAGGCUGCCGAAACACGCCCCCCUCAUCGUCACUGUGCCCCGCAGUGCCGAACGCACCUCCGUACUCCACGUCAAGCUGGACAGGGCAGGGAAACUACACAUCCUCCAGAACCCUGAGCCAAAAGCCAGGAGGGAGAGCCAGACCGCUUCCUUCUGCUGCAAAGUGGGAGGCACCCCCCCACCUGACCAGUACCAGUGGUUUCACAAUGGCACUCUGCUGAAGGGCACGCAGAUGUCUAAUGAUGGCACUCUAGUGCUGAAGAACUUGCGUAUGGACCAGGCUGGGGAGUACUACUGCCGAGCCAGCAACAAGGGAGGAGCCAUCAAAUCCAAACCAGCUGUUCUCACUGUCAUAGGUCCUGAGGCUCCUUCCUGCAACCCUAAGCCUGAUUCUCACCUUAUCCGGCUGCCUCAUGACUGCUACCAGAACAAGAGUAGCUCUUUCUACUAUGACGUGGGAAAAUGUCCUGUGGCAACAUGCACUGGACACCAGGGCAACGGGAUCCGGUGCGAAGACUCCGUAUCAUACUGCUGUGGUGUGUCCAAAAUGGAGGAGCGGCAGAUCUCUUGCCAAGGGUACCAGCUGCCCACUAUGGUGGUCACCCAGUGUGGCUGCAAGAAGUGUGUGGACACCAAAGCCGUCGUGCGAGGACGAGCUCUGGCGGCAGACAAUGGGGAGCCCAUGAGGUUCGGGCACAUCUUCAUGAAUGGCGUACGGAUCAGCCGCACUGGGUACAAGGGCACCUUCUCCAUUCAAGUGCCUCAUGACAUGGACAGGCUGGUGCUGACCUUCGUGGACCACAUGCAAAAGUUUGUGAACACCACCAAGGUGCUGCCAUUCAACAAAAAGGGGGGAGCCGUAUACCAUGAGGUGAGGUUGCUGAGGAAGAAACCACCUGUGAUGCUGCAGUCAACAGAAACGAAUACCCUUCUGCUGGGAGAAGUGGCAGAUCAGGACCCCAUGGCCAUGAUCCAAAUCCCACCCAAUUCCUUCUUCCGUGGGAAUGGUGAGGUGUUCACGGGCAAUGUGAAGGCCAGCGUCACCUUCUUAGACCCCAGAGAUAUCUCCACAGCAACCGCAGCGCAAAGCGACCUCAACUACGUUGGCGAGGAGGGUGACGUGCUGCCACUGAGGACUUACGGCAUGUUUUCUGUGGACUUCCGAGAUGAAGAGGCAGACGAGCCCCUUAAUGUGGGUGAGGUGAAGGUGUUACUGGAUGCCGCCCAGGUGAAGAUGCCUGAGCACCUGAGCUCCAUGAAGCUGUGGUCCCUGAACCCUGACACUGGCCUGUGGGAGGAAGAGGGAGACUUCCACACCGAGAAGAAGCAACGAGGAAAGCGAGAGGAGAGGACCUUCCUCAUUGGGAACAUGGAGAUCAGAGAGAGGAGGCUGUUCAACCUGGAUGUUCCAGAGAACAGGCGCUGCUACGUGAAGGUUCGGGCUUUUCGCAGUGACCGCUUUAUGCCCAGUGAGCAGGUGGAGGGGGUUGUGGUGACCUUGAUCAACAUGGAGCCCACACCAGGAUUUUCGUCCAACCCACGAUCCUGGGGUAGAUUUGACAGUGUCAUCACAGGUCCUAAUGGUGCCUGCCUGCCUGCAUUUUGUGAUGACCAGAAGGUAGACGCAUACUCGGCCUACGUCAUGGCCAACAUGGGUGGAGAGGAGCUGGAAGCUGCCGCGUCGGCCCCCAAGUUCAACCCCAACACCAUUGGAGUGCCACAACCAUACCUUGGAAAGCUCAACUACAGAAGGACAGACCAUGAAGACUCCAAGGUGAAGAAGACUGCCUUCAGCAUCAAUGUGGCAAAGCCUGGCCCCAACACAGCUGAAGAAGGCGAUGGCCCAAUUUACUCCUUCGAUAACCUGAAGAAAUGUGAGGAAGCCCCGUUUAGUGAUGGACACUUCCGCUUCUACAGGGUGGAGGGGGAUCGGUAUGAUUACAACACAGUACCCUUCAACGAGGAUGACCCCAUGAGCUGGACAGAGGACUACCUGAGUUGGUGGCCUAAGCCGAUGGAGUACAGGGCUUGCUACAUCAAGGUCAAGAUCAAUGGUCCACAUGAGAUAAAUGUGCGCUCACGUAACAUGGGUGGCACCCACCCAAGAACUGUGGGCCAGCUCUAUGGCAUCCGUGAUGCGCGAAGCAUCCGUGACAUGGACAAGUCCUCCAUCUCUGCUGUCUGCCUGGAGUUCAAGUGUAGUGGGAUGCUCUAUGACCAGGAUCGAGUGGAUCGCACCCUGGUGAAGGUGAUUCCACAAGGCAGCUGCAGGCGGGACAGAGUGGACUCCAUGCUGCAGGAGUACCUUGUCAAUCACCUGCCACUUGCUGUCAACAACGACACCAACGAGUUCACCAUGCUUGCGCCACUCGACCCCCUAGGCCACAACUAUGGUAUCUACACAGUGACCGACCAGGACCCUCGCACAGCCAAAGAAAUCGCUUUAGGCCGCUGUUUCGAUGGCACCUCUGACGGUGCCUCGAGAGUCAUGAAGAGUAAUGAGGGCGUGGCUCUCACCUUCACCUGCGCUGACCGACAGGCGACCCGGCAAAGCUUCUUCCAGUCUCUGCAGAACUCCCCAGGGCAAUCGCUGGUCAGCACUGGACAGACAGGGAGGGGCCGUAGGAGGCAGAGAGAAGGCCUAAACUCGGCCCGCAGCAGCCGCAGACGUAGCACCCGAAACCCAUUACUCACACGCAGUAGAACCUGAGUCCCUCCAAGUCUCAAGUAUCUGGGAUGAGUCUGUGGACUGAGCACCUGGAACUGAUUCCCCAGGCUUAGCCCUUGGGACAAGCUUCCUAGGCUGUGUGAAGUUUUAACUGGGUCCCUCGGGCUGAGUCGUUUGGUUAAGUCAGUUUACCAAGUCGGGGGAAUGGACUACCCUUUCUUACUCCUAGAAACUGUCCAGGCUUCCUGGGCAACAAUCCAUUAGUUCAAUUUAUACAAACUAAGACACACAGCAGUUCACAUUAGAAUUUGGGCUCCAUAUUUUCCCAGAAUUCACAGGCGACUUGGUAUGUUGAGUUGCUGUUACCAUGGGGACAUUAGCAUUUCACUAUUCCUUUUUAAAUGUCCUUGUAUUUCAUGAGUUAAGUUAAGUCAUUUUAAAAAUGUAAUUCCAAAUGUCACUGUACUGUACUUUGUGCAAAAUUAGCAACUGGCUAUUUUGUUUCAUCCUCUGAAUCCUUUUCUUUUUGUAAUGACAAACUACAUAAUUUCUUUACAUAUGUCCACUCAGGCAUAAAUAUAGUGCAUGAAUCCCUACAAUUUAUCUGACAGAAAAAAAAUGUCAUCCAGAAUAUGGACAAGUUAAUGUACAAUCAAACUACGUAAAAUCAGAAGUCAUGCACAGAAUAAGUAUGAUGUGAAAGGAAAGUUCAAAGCUGGUGGAUAUCCCUCAGAUAUCCCUCAGCCCCCAGACAGUGAGAAAAAAACAGGAAAUAUCUAUUUUUUUCUCCCAGUUUUUUUCCCCCAUGUGGUUUCUUUUUUCCUAUGUUUAAACCACCUAUUUAACAAAAUAUGUAGAGCUACAUAUUUCAAAUUUGAGAAUGUGAAUACCAAGCACACUCCAAUCAUUAGACUGAAUUUAUUCUCUACAUUCUGCUCAGAAUAUCAAAGCCAGGGUAUAACAUGGUGUGAACUUGUAAAAAUUAAAUUCAUAUUGUUCUUUUUAUAUUUACUUUUCAUUAUACUGUAAUAUCUACUACUUGAAAUUGUAAAUACUCUGGAUAUUUAUUACAAUUAUCAACAGUAGAGGAACUACUUAUUCUGCUACAUCCCCGAAUUAAAUCAGAAGAAAUGUACAAUUUCA